AUGCCCCCCAAGAAGGCCCCCGUGCAAGAAAAGGUCCUGUUGGGUCGACCUGGUAACAACCUGAAGAGUGGUAUCGUUGGUCUCGCCAACGUCGGCAAGUCUACGCUCUUCCAGGCUAUCACAAAGUCGUCGCUGGGUAACCCCGCCAACUUCCCCUUUGCCACCAUCAACCCCGAAGAGGCUCGUGUCGUCGUCCCUGAUGAGCGCUUCGACUGGCUCUGCUCCCAUUACAAGCCCAAGUCCGUGGUUCCCGCCAACUUGACUGUGUAUGAUAUCGCCGGUCUGACCCGUGGUGCCUCGACUGGUGCCGGUUUGGGUAACUCUUUCUUGUCGCACAUCCGUGCCGUCGAUGCCAUCUUCCAGGUCGUUCGGUGCUUCGAUGAUGCCGAGAUUAUUCACGUCGAGGGUGACGUUGACCCUGUUCGGGAUCUGACUAUCAUCAACGAGGAGCUACGGAUCAAGGAUAUUGAGUUUGUUGAGAAGGCGCUUGAGAACUUGAAGAAACAGACCCGUCGUGGUGGUCAAACCUUGGAGAUGAAGAAGCUCAGAGAAGAGGAGGCUACCGUGGCCCGAGUGCUCGAGUGGUUGCAGGAGGGUCAUGAUAUCCGAAAGGGUGACUGGGGCCCGAAAGAGGUCGAGGUCAUCAAUCCUCUCUUCCUUCUCACUGCCAAGCCCAUCGUUUACCUCGUCAACCUUAGCGAGAAAGACUACAUUCGCCAGAAGAACAAGUACCUUCCCAAGGUAUUCGAAUGGAUCAAGGAGAACUCUCCCGGUCCCCUGAUUCCCAUCUCUGCUUCCUUCGAGGAGCGUCUGGCUCUCAUGGCCGAUGACGCCGCCGCUGAGGAGGAGUGCAAGAAGCUUAGCACCAAGUCUGGUCUUCCCAAGGUCAUCACCACUAUGCGUCAGGCUUUGAACCUGUCGAGCUUCUUCACCACUGGUGCGGAUGAAGUCCGCCAGUGGACUAUCCGGAAGGGUAUCAAGGCACCAGCUGCCGCCGGUGUCAUUCACACUGACUUUGAAAAGACUUUCAUCCAGGCUGUUGUCUACAACUACACCACUCUGCGCGAGUACGGUGAUGAAGGCGCCGUGAAGGCCGCCGGAAAGAUCAUGACCAAAGGCAAGGAUUACCCCGUAGAGGACGGUGAUGUCUUGCUCAUUAAGGCCGAUAUCGCCCCCAGCACAAAAUCAAAGGUCAAGUCCUCGGUACAGCGAGGCUUGCGCCAGAACUUCCUCGACUCAUACCCCGGUUUCGAGCCGUACAUUGACGAUAUCCUCCCGAAAAAGGCACAGCUCGAUUCUAUUAAACUCCCCGAAAGAUGCACCCUCUACACAAUCGACUCCCAGCCCCUCUUCUACCAACCCCAAGACGGUCCCCCGAUCCCACACCUAAAACUCCUCCACGCCUACCCCUCCGCCCUCCCGACAAUCCAAAUCGACCGCGGCGCAAUCCGCUUCGUGCUCUCCGGUGCCGCGCUGAUGGCACCUGGCCUUACAAGUCCGGGCGGGCGGUUACCGGAUGCGGAGCAUGCGUUGGAGCAGGGGACGAUCGUUGCGGUUAUGGCGGAGGGGAAGGAGAACGCUUGUCUUGUGGGAGCGCUCAAGGUUGGGACGGAGGAGAUGAAGAGUAAGGGGAAGGGGGUUGUUAUGGAUGAUGGGCAUUAUUUGGGGGAUGGGUUGUGGAAGAUGCCAUUGGAUUAG